CCACUCUGAACUUUCUGCUUCCUUCCUGUCCGCGACACCACCGCACCUUCCCCGUCAUGGCGGCCCAGGGCGCGCGCAUGCGCUUGACCGUCGUGGUUGAGGCGCUGGCCGAGGAAAACGCACACGGAGAGUACCGCGACGCAGCACUGGCGGCGUUCAAGGAGCGCAAGUUUGCCAUGCCCGUGCAGCUGGAGGACACAUUCGCGGCCGUUUGGGGCGACAUUGAGCAGCGGUACAAGACAAACUACCUGAGCCCGCAGCAGGCCGCGACCUUCGCCAUCAAGAAGCUCCAGGACGCGUACGACUGCGACCUCGACAUGACCGACACGGUGGGCGCCAUCUUCGAGGGCGAGCCGGACCGCAAGAUGCACCUGAUCAAGGUUGUCCCGUACUUUGUCUACCGCGAUACGUCGGUGGUGCCGGGCUCCAUGCUGCGACCCGCAGGCGCCCAGAAGCGCGCAGGCGACGACGCCGACGUGGACGACGCCGCCGACGGCGCCCACAAGCGGCGGCGCGUCGAGUCGCAGCGCCCAGGCGCAAGCGACCCGCGCGACCCGUCGCCGGACCGCCCGCUGCCCUCGACCGAGGUGCGGCAGGCGGCAGCAGCCUUGGAAACACACGCCCCGCGCAACCCGUUGCCGGUCCGGCUGUCGCGGUCCAGGUCGGGCGCGUCACUGGUUGAGCUGCGCCGCACCGAGACUGGCCAGGCGCCCUUCAGCCCAACACCUGUCAAGCAGGAGUCUCCGGAGCCUGGCCAGCUUGAGCAGCCUGUGCAGACCGAGCAGCCCGCCGCUGUCCCGACCCACGCAGCGUCUCCCCAGCGCGAGUCCCCCGAAGCGACGAUACACAAGUCUCCGCUCUCGUCUGUGGAGCCUGCGCCCGCUCCCGUCGCAAACCCCCGCCGAGACGUUUACCGAGUCCCCAGCUCCCCCGAGUUCAUGCACACCAAAACCACUCCAGACAAGCCUGCCAAGACUUAUGGCCGCUCGCCCCGGUCGGCUGCACCCAACAGCCUCAAGACCCCUGCGCGAACCACCGCCGCUAAGCCUACCAAGCCAGGCAGUCUGAAGAAGCCAUCGAGAGCUUCACUAGUCACCACACCUGCGAGUAGAAAAUGCGGUGCUAAGCCCAAGGCUGUCACAACGCCAGUGAACAAUCCUGGGCCGAAGCGCAAGACACUAACACCCUCCACUGUGAAUCCAUCGAGCGGCGAGAAAAAUGAAGGACAUGCGGAGCACGAGAUCUACAGUACAGCUAUAGAAGACAAUACUUCCAGGUCACACUCAAGCAGUGCAAAUGCAUCAGCACGCUCUUCUCCCGCCGUCUCGCGGCGACCAGCACGAUUUUUGAGCCACAGUCCAACUCCAGACGCGUCGGAGAGCGAAGGGGACCCAGACGAUGCAUCGCUGACGCCUUCUCGAGCUGCUUCGCCGCCAGCUCAAAGCAGAGACGAGAGUGCGAGCGAGAGCGAGUCCUCAUCAGACAGCUCAGAAGAUGAAGACAUCGAGAUGCCCGACCUGCAGGCUGAACCAAUUGCUGAAUCAAGUCUUAAUGCCGCGCCUGCCUCCUCACCUCCUUUGGCUGGUUUUGUAAAUUCAACGCCUGCGGUUCCAGAAACGAGCCAAGUGACGGCGUCCGGCAUCAACCAUCCGGCAAUGCGAACGCCGAUUCCGCUUCCUUCGCAACAGUCUUCUCAAACUCCACGGUCUAGCCAAUCUGUAUCUUUGCAAGCAGCCGAUCGUCGGCGGUAUACUGGCUUCCGCAGCUUGAGAGAACAGCUCGCAGACACCAAAGCCGCUCAAAUCACCACUCAGAAGAGAGCGUUUGAUCCGCGAACGAUGAGUCUCGGCAGGCUGACAAAGGGAAAGCCACUCGCAAGUCUUGGAGGCGGCGAUGAAGAUGAUGAAAGCAGUGACGACGAAAGCAGCAGCAGCAGUAGCGAU